AGAAAUGUGUGAUUUUAGAGGGAGAGAGUGAGAGAGAGAUGAACAUCCAUUUGAGAGAGAGAGAGAGAGGGAGAGAGUGACUUUGGGGGCAAUAAUGGCUGUUGCUGACAUGAGCUGAACCCUUCUUGUAUCUGAGUAUUUCUUUGGUGGGUUUGUUUCAGUUUCCUGUCUUUUUUCGGGGGAGAACAAUUGCCUAAACUAUUGUUCAAGCUGGAGGAGUUCUCUGUUAGGGUAACUAAUUUAAGAAAUAAGGAAAAGUGCAUUUCUUCAGAAUCCCUGGUUGAGAACUACAAUUCUGUCAUUUGGGAAAUAUUUAUCUCAGCCAGCGAAGUUUGUGAUUGGUGAUGUACUAGAAUGAGCACAGACACCAAGUUUGUGCUCAUAAUGCAUCAUUAUGAUAUUUAUGGCAUUUCAUCUGGGGUAUUUGUACUGGUGUAAUUGGACUAAUGGAGAGAAAUACAGGAAGAGGUAUGAUGGAGCAGCAUAAACCCUAUGAGCAGGUUCGAUACAGUUCUGUGGAAACUAGAAAUGAGGGACUUGGUUCUGCAAAUCAAAACUUUUUCCUGGAUUCUUCAAGUUCUAUUAAUACUAAUAUGAGACCUCCAGAUUUCAAUAUACCAGUUGGUGCUAGACCUGUACACAAUUAUUCUAUUCAGACUGGUGAGGAAUUUUCUCUUGAAUUCAUGCGGGAAAGGGUGAAUUCAAGGCAUCACUUCAUUCCAAAUCCUUCUGGGGAUUCAAACAGUGGAAUAAUUUAUACAGAUCUGAAGGGAAUAUUGGGAAUCAGUCAUGCAGGUUCCGAAAGUGGAUCAGAUAUCUCUAUGAUUUCCUCGAUGGAUAAAAGCCGUGUCCAAGAGUCUGAAAGGAGGGGCUCUUCUCUACAUGAAGACAAAGGGUACAACGAGUCCAUGCUAUCAGUACCUCAGACCUCAUUAAGAAAUGACAGCAGCCGGGGAGGUCAUGGUUAUGCCUCUUCAGAAGUUUAUGAUAACUCAUCAACAAAGAUCAAGUUUCUCUGCAGUUUUGGUGGCAAAAUCAUGCCCCGUCCCAGUGACGGAAAGCUUAGAUAUGUUGGAGGUGAAACACGUAUCAUUCGGAUAAGCAAGGGCAUUUCUUGGCAGGAGCUAAUGCAGAAAACAUUGACAAUUUACAAUCAGGUUCAUGUAAUCAAAUAUCAGCUUCCUGGUGAGGAUCUUGAUGCAUUGGUAUCUGUUUCUUGUGACGAGGACCUACAAAAUAUGAUGGAGGAAUGUAGUUUGCUUGAAGAUGGAGGAUCACAGAAACUCAGGAUGUUUCUCUUUUCUAGCAGUGAUUUUGAUGAUUCUCAGCUGGGUCUGGGCAGUGUGGAGGGUGAUUCUGAACUUCAAUACGUAGUUGCAGUGAAUGGCAUGGACCUAGGAUCAAGAAAGAACUCAAUUGGUAUGGGAAGCAAUUCAGGAAACAAUUUGGAUGAAUUACUGCAUUUGAAUGUUGAAAGGGAGACAGAGCGAGUUGCAGAUGAAUUAGUUGGCGCUGUACCUGCACCUUUGACGACUAAUAUGCCUUCAUCAACUAAUGUAUCAUCUCAGCCAGUAGCAAUGAGUUCUUCUAAUACUUCAGAAUCCAACUCACAGGCUUACCAUGGUCAAAUGGUGGAUAAUGGAGGGCAAUUGCAUACGUUGCCUGUUCUCCACCCUAGAGAGAACUUCCAUCAUGAUGGCAAAAGUACUGUUCCUUCAUCUGUUGUUCCAUUGCCAUAUGGUUAUGUUUCUCGCCCUGCUACAUAUGCACAGGUCGUAGAAAAUUUAGUUUCGACACCUUUGCGUGGGCAUAUGACUGGACAGGAAGGAUCAGCUCAGCAGCAGACAUACCAUGGCUCUCAUGCUCAGGAUCCAGAAGUGCCAGUGGAGGAGAAAAUGAAAAGAGAUAGGAUUGUUCAGACAAUGAGUGAACUUGAAAAAAAUCACUCUUUAGAGGAAGGGCUUGUGAAGGAGGCAAAAAUGAAAAGAGACGGUUCAGCCCAGAAAAUGAGUGAACAUGGGAAAAAUUUGUAUUUGGAAAAGGAUUACACUGUCUCUUCACAUCCGCAUGACAGUUCUGUUACAAAUUAUAUUCCUAGGGAAGCCUCGGAUACUAAAUUUACAGCAGACACAGGAACAUUUUUGUUGCCUACAGAAAAGCAUAAGAAGCAUGAUGACCCUGUGCGGAAUGCAAUUCCAUGUGGAGCUUUAGAUGAAGGGAACUCAAAUAAGUUUAUUGAAAAUGACCACUUCAAUUCAUCUGCUAAACCAUUUGAUCCCGGGUAUGGUGAAUUCAAUGCCGAUUCUGCUGAGUUGAGCUAUCUUGAACAGCCAGUGCUUCCUCAACGGGUUUUUCGUUCGGAGAGAAUUCCCAGGGAGCAGGCAGAACUGAAUCGGUUGUCUAAAUCUGAUGAUUCUUUUGAUCCUCAGGUUUUUAUAAGCCAUGCAGGUUCUGAUCUGGCACAGCAGAUGGCAGAAUCAGUUGAUAAGAUGCGUGACAGGAUCGUAGCUUCCCAGUCGGAACAGUCUGUCUCACCUGUAAAGCCUCUGCAUAUGAAUGCUCAAAUUGUGGAAGAUGGACCAACACAUUCUCACAAGUAUAAUGAGGCUGCUGGUAAUGUUGACAAAAUGAAUUCCAAAAUUUCUGAAGAGGCUUUUGAGUCAAAGUUUCCGAAUUCUAUGUUAAAGCCCAUAGUAGUUACACCUGUGAAUGGCCAUGAAAUGGCCCGAGUUGUGAAUAAUAACAAAGAUCAGUCUGAUAUCAACAAAGAAGCUUCUUCAGUGAAUAAUCCAGCAGUAAAUCAAGGACCUUCUGGUAAACGCAAGGAAGAUUCCGUUUCUAGGACACAAGAGUCUCAUUGGCGUGAGAUAACUGUUAAAAAGAACAAUGGGAAUAAUGCUGAGGGAGAUGCACGAUCAUUUGCUCAGGUGGAGAAGCCAGCUCAGGUGGAGAACCAGAUUAGAGCUCCUUCUCAUGGAGAGUCUGCACAUGUUGGAACUACAGAGCAAGGGGAUAUCCUUAUUGAUAUUAAUGAUCGAUUCCCUCCUGAUUUCUUGUCUGAUGCCUUUGCCAAUGCUAGAAAUUCUGAGCGCCUGGCUGGAAUCAGUCCGCUGCAUGGUGAUGGAACUGGCUUGAGCUUGAACAUGGAGAACCAUGAUCCUAAGCGUUGGUCAUUCUUCCAAAAGCUGGUCCAAAGUGAUUCUACUAGAAAAGAUGUUUCCCUUAUGGAUCAAGAUCAUAUUGUUUUCUCAAGCCCACUUACCAAGAUCGAUGAAGGAGAUUCAAUAGAUUAUGGUUUUCCACCUUUAAAAACUGAAGGAGUUGCCUUGGGUCAUAUGAAUUCCCAUGUCAAUUAUGUGGCUAAUUUUCAGCCUCAGUCAUCUGGUGCUGUUGGACCUAGCACCAUGAAUCUGCAUCCAGAAAACAGUCCUCAAAUUAAUGACAAUGAAGGCACACAGUUUGAUGGUCUGGUGAUUCCAUCCGAUAUUGAGGAUGGGAAGGUAGAGGCACAGGAUGCUCCCCUUGUAGAUCUUUCUGGAGAACUUGAUCUUAGUACCUUGCAGAUAAUCAAGAAUGAGGAUCUUGAAGAGUUGAGGGAAUUGGGUUCUGGAACUUUUGGGACAGUCUAUCAUGGAAAAUGGAGGGGAUCAGAUGUUGCCAUUAAACGAAUAAAGAAAAGCUGUUUUACUGGGCGUUCAUCUGAGCAAGAGAGACUGACAUUGGAGUUCUGGCGUGAAGCUGAUAUUCUCUCAAAGCUUCACCAUCCCAAUGUGGUGGCAUUUUAUGGCGUUGUGCAGGAUGGACCAGGAGGAACACUUGCCACUGUGGCAGAAUACAUGGUGAAUGGUUCUCUUAGACAUGUUUUGGUUUCCAAGGAAAGGCAGCUUGAUCGUCGCAAGAGGCUCAUAAUUGCAAUGGAUGCAGCAUUUGGAAUGGAGUAUUUGCAUUCAAAGAAUAUUGUUCAUUUUGAUUUAAAAUGUGAUAACCUCCUGGUGAACUUGAAAGAUCCUUUACGACCCAUUUGCAAGGUGGGUGAUUUUGGAUUGUCAAAAAUCAAAAGAAAUACAUUGGUUACUGGAGGUGUUAGGGGAACCCUUCCGUGGAUGGCUCCAGAGCUAUUAAAUGGUAGCAGCAGUAAGGUUUCUGAGAAGGUUGACGUCUUCUCCUUCGGUAUUGUCCUAUGGGAGAUUCUCACUGGUGAGGAGCCUUAUGCAAAUAUGCAUUAUGGAGCGAUCAUAGGAGGAAUUGUGAAUAACACAUUGAGGCCACAUGUGCCAAACUACUGUGACCUUGAGUGGAAAUUGCUAAUGGAGCAGUGUUGGGCCCCCGAUCCCAUUGCACGCCCCUCGUUCACAGAAAUUGCUGGACGCUUACGUGUGAUGUCUGCUGCUUGUCAAACAAAACCACAGGGUCAUCCGGCACAAAACCAGGUAACCAAGUAGUACAGUUGGAUGUCCCCCCAGUGAACCCUUUUUUUCUAAAAAACUAUUAUGCUCUAUAAUGGGAAGUUGUUUAAUUUCGUUAAAUCCGCGAAGUUGUGUAACAUAUGAGUAGGGAGAAUGGGCUUCCGUUAAGACUGAGGAUCUAUGUUGUUGGUUUCAGAUUAUCAUUCGAGAAAGUAUAUAUUGUCUUGUGUAAAACCCAAAGAAAUGUUACUACAUGUAAAGCUAUUAUUUGCAUCUGUGGAAAAUGAAAGUGUGGGUCUUGGUUUGUUGCAUUCA